GGAUUGUUUAAAGAAGUCACCAUCAGACUAAUCCUCAAUCUCUAUCUUCAAUUCUAAUCUCUAAUCUCCAAUUCUUAAUCAAACCUAUCAAGAAGAACAAACCAUUGAUUUGAAACGAUCUAUCAUCAUGACUAUCUCAUCUCCAUACUCAACCGAUACUGAGCCAGAAUCGAUACUAUCUAAUGCAGAUCAACCAUAUCUACCACUACAAACUUUACUUUCAUCAUCACCACCUACCAAUUUACUCUUACUUAGGACCCGGUCAGAAAGUGAAGAUCAUCGAACCCCAACUGUCUCAAAUCAAUCUAUUCCAAAGCCACAAUCACCAUCAAAUUCAAUCACACCAGUACCAUCACAAGUCCCAUUAGAAGCACAAACACAACUUGAGUUAGAUUCAGACGAUGAAUUGGAUCAAACUUCUCAACAAGUUCAGCAUUCAACCCAUUACAAAGAGUUUGGUGAUAUGGAAAAUGAAGAAAUCAUUCAAGAUGGUUAUCUAGAGAAGAAAGGUGAACGACGAAAGACCUGGAAACGACGUUGGUUUGUGUUACGGAAGACUUCUCUAGUUUAUUACAAGAACGAUAAGGAAUAUCGCCUGUUGAGAAUGAUUCCUUUGACUGAUAUCCAUACCUGUGCAGAAGUUCAAGUCAAACAUCAUGAUAAUACCUUUGGAAUCGUCACAUCGGAGCGAACGUAUUAUGUAAGGGCCAAGACUAAGGCCGAGCGUGAUACAUGGAUAAGUAAAGUAAAUCAAGCGAAGGACUCACUAAAGAAAGCUAUAAGGCAACAUUCGGGUGAUGACAUCUUGAUCAACAAAUCUAAUUCUCCACAUCAUAAUACACCUAUCAUCCGCUCUGCUACCGUCAUUGGGGAUGGAUUCGAUUCGAUUCGAUUAGAUGAAUUCGGACUUAAAAAAUCAGACGCUUUGAACGUGGAACCAAGAGACAUAGCCACACUUGUCUCUAACACUACCUUGACUCGAUCAUCUAAUCUGAACGCUAGCCAUAUCAAUCGACCCACCCCAUCAAUCGUCUACUCACCCGAUCCUUCGUCUACUGCGUCCGACUGUAUCUCAUCUGCAUCAGAUACAGCCAAUCGUAGAAGGCAUAUACGAUCCACUACUCUACUCUCGGACAUCAUGGCAGAUCCAUUAGCAAAACCAUAUCAACGUCGAGAUCUUAGUUCUGGUAGCUCUAGUAACGAUCCUACAGGUCAUGAUUUGACUUACCUUUCAUCUGCUGUCGAAAAUCUUUUGAGUAGUUCGGAUGAUGAGGAUGAGGACGACGUAGCUGUAACUCCAGAAGCGAGCCAGUUCAAUUCGUCACCACAGCCUUCCGGGAUGGUCGACAACUAUCCGUUGAGUAUCCCGGCUGGUGAACGUAAAUUGACUUUACCAGAAGCCAGUAAAACGAUCAUCCAAGGAUAUCUAAUGAAACAAGGCAAACGAAAAACGUGGAGAAAACGUUAUUUCACAUUAACUAGUGAAAAACUAGUUUAUUCACGAACGCAUAUGAUGAAAGUGGGCAACAGAGGAACGAAACAAAUUUCAGUCCGAAGGAUAUUGGAUGCUAUCGAGUGUGAUAAAACCACAUCUUUAACAUCGGAUUCAAGUACAGGUGGUGGUACUGUCUCCAAGAUUGAAGCAAGAUGUUUCAAGAUUAUCACAUCUGAUCGAACUUAUCUCUUGAAUGCGCCUACCGAAGAAGAUGAAAUCAAAUGGAUUUCGGCCAUCAAGUGUUUAUUAUCAACAUUUAGAGAUACGAAACGAUCUGAUCAGUGA